AUGUUCAACCUUCAAAAGCGUAUCAACGGCAACGACGCGGAUCGUCACUAUAUGGAGACGCGGAUCGCAGUGAGAGAUCGACUUUUGGCUCAAGAAAUGCGAGAUCUCGAAGUCGCUAUGCGCGGUCAAAAGAUGUGGAAACUCUCAGUCCCUGAAGCCAACAUCAUCCACGAGCUGUCACUCACCGUCACCCCACAGGAAGGCAUCUACAAGGGCGGCCUAUUCCGCUUCCACAUCACCGUCCCACCAGAGUACAACAACUCGCCACCACUCGUCAAGUGUCUCACACGUGUCUGGCAUCCGAACAUCACCGAGGACGGCGCUAUUUGUUUGUCGAUCCUCCGUCAGAACUCACUGGAUCAGUAUGGGUGGAGACCGACGAGAAAUCUUCGAGAGGUCGUUCACGGACUCGUCUCGUUGUUCACUGAUCUCAUCGAUUUCGAUGAUCCGUUGAACGUGCAAGCCGCCGAGAUGUGGGCGAAGAAUAAGGAUGGGUUCGAGUACAAGGCGAGGGACUACAUCAACAAGUACUGCAAGGUUAAAUAA